GACGCCAUAUUGGGGCCGGCGGCGGGUGGAAGAGUCGUACAGUACAGGGGGAAGCAGUUGGACGUGUUCUCCUGAGCUGUUGCUGCCGCAGCAGCCUCGCAGUCCCCCGACAGCGACUGCUGCUCGCGAACUGCUGGCCGCACUCGGGCGUAUUAGGAGCAGCGUCUCGGCCGCACACCCCACGGGGCUGCUAUCGACUUCCGAAGGAAGCAGGUUUCAGCGCCGGAGCGACUCAGGCGCGGCGCAAAGGCUUGAACGGACGGCGGGGGCGGCCGGAGCCUCUCCCGUGGGAGCCGCGUCUGAAGAGGCGGAAGAGCCCCCCACUGACGCGGCCGGCGUGCGCUGCCGCCCGCCCCUCCCGCCCUCGCCCGGGUCUGCCCUGGCCACUGCCCCUGCCGCGGAGGCAGCGGCGGCGGCGGCUCUCCGCGACCCGCCUGGCUGCUCCUGAGCCCGCGGCUUAGGCGCCCCUCGGGUCCCCGCUCUGCCCUCGCCCUUUCCCCUCCCGUCACCCCUCUCCGACCCCACCCGAGCCCGGCGCCUCGGCUGCCUGAGGCCAUGGCGUGCGGAGCCACUCUGAAAAGGACUCUGGAUUUCGACCCGCUGCUGAGCCCGGCGUCCCCGAAGCGGAGACGAUGUGCGCCAUUAUCAGCGCCCACCUCGACCGCCGCCUCCCCGUCGUCGGCGGCCGCGGCCACCGCCGCCUCCUUUUCGGCCGCGGCCGCCUCGCCGCAGAAGUAUCUCCGAAUGGAGCCGUCCCCCUUUGGCGACGUCUCCUCCCGCCUCACCACAGAACAAAUCUUGUACAACAUAAAACAGGAGUAUAAACGCAUGCAGAAGAGAAGACAUUUAGAAACUAAUUUCCAACAGACAGAUCCAUGUUGUAGUUCUGAUGCACAACCACAUGCAUUUCUCCUCAGUGGACCAGGCUCACCAGGGACAUCACCUGCAACAUCCUCACCAUUAAAAAAAGAACAGCCCUUAUUUACCCUACGGCAGGUUGGAAUGAUCUGUGAACGUUUGUUGAAAGAACGUGAAGAGAAAGUACGAGAAGAGUAUGAAGAAAUAUUGAACACAAAACUUGCAGAACAAUAUGAUGCAUUUGUGAAGUUUACCCAUGAUCAAAUAAUGCGACGAUAUGGAGAACAGCCUGCUAGUUAUGUUUCAUGAAUCACGUUUUCUGCAUUUGUGGGCUGCCUUGUUCCUUGUGGAGUUGUUGCAGGAGGUCCCAAUUAAGACAUGCAGCAAUGCCAAUACCCCCCUGUGAAUACAGGUUAUUUCAAGCUUUCGUCAGUGGCAACUCUUAGGCAGCAGCAGCUGGUUUUGGAAAUUUCCCUGAUGUCAGUACCACCUGGAUGUGGACUUAGGCUACCUGUAUUAAUACCAGUGGCCUCAUUUUGUUGUAUCCUUACAAUUUGGCUUCUUAUGUGUUUGAAAAGGAUUAAAGCUGGUGUUCUAGAACAUGCCCUUUGCUGGUUGUGUAAAUAAAACUGUAGAAUGACA